AUGAAAAAAAAAUUUUCUGGAAAAACAGCUCUUAAUAUUGCAUCAGAAAAUAAUAGUAAAGAAACAGCCGAAGCUAUCAAUGAAUUAAGCAAUUAUGGAGAAAUCGCUCUUCAUAUUGCAUCUAGGUGUAAUUGUGCGGAAAUAGUUGAAAUUCUUCUUUUGAAAAAGAUGAAAAAGGAGAAACUGCUCUUUUUUAUGCAUCAUCAUAUGAUAAUCAAGAAACAGUCGAAUUUCUUCUUUCAUAUGUGGAAAUGUCGAUGA